AUGCACUCCAGGCCUCUCAUUGGUCAAGCGCUCGACCUCUACCGUCGCACCCCUCUCUCUGCCCCACUGUCCCCCAACCAAACCCCCUCUCCCGCCUCCUCCUCCGCCUCCGCCUCCCCCUCCUCCGCGUCCCCCUCCCCCGACUCUCCCCCCUCCACCCACGGCCCGGCUGUGUUGCUUCCGCGGCUGCACCAGUGGCGCGAGCAGUAUGGGGACGUGUUCGGGUUCACUGUAGGGGCCACGGUGCAGCUGGUUGUAACGGAUCCUGCACUAGUGAGGCAGGUACAGUCAUGCCCUCCUUACAGCGCUCACCUGACAGGCCCUCCUUACAGCGCUCACCUGACAGGCCCUCCUUACAGCGCUCACCUGACAGGCCCUCCUUACAGCGCUCACCUGACAGGCCCUCCUUACAGCGCUCACCUGACAGGCCCUCCUUACAGCGCUCACCUGACAGGCCCUCCUUACAGCGCUCACCUGACAGGCCCUCCUUACAGCGCUCACCUGACAGGCCCUCCUUACAGCGCUCACCUGACAGGCCCUCCUUACAGCGCUCACCUGUCCUCUCUGUCUUCCUCCAUCCACUUGUGUCAUCCCUGGCAGCUUCUCGUAUCAAGCAGCGGGCGGGUCACCAAGACAGAGAGGGCGCGCAAGAUACUGAGGCUGCUGGGCAACGGGCUGCCGCUCUCAGAGGGGUCUCUGUGGGCGCGGCAGCGCCGCAUCAUCAACCCCGCAUUCCGCCCCGCCGCCAUCAGGGCGAGUUGA